CUGCCUCACAUCAGCCCAGGUCCUAGGCUUUCUAGGGGAGCCUGCUUGGCGAGAGCCCUCCGGCUUCACGAGGCGAGGGGCUGGCUGCAAGCAGGAGGUUGUGUCCGUCGAGCCAGAAGCUUGGCUGUUUUUUGAGACAUAACGGGUGGUGGGCAGAAUAACCCCUCCUAACGCUUGGGAGCGACACAAAACAUUAGCAGCAGGCAUGUUCUGGGCUUGAUCGUGCUGUUGUGUGGUUGGUCUCAUGAACUGCAGGUCUCCCUGACUUAGUCCCGGAUCCCUAUUACAUCCAGGCCUCCACCUAUGUCCAACGGGCGUCCAUGUACAGCCUGAGAUGUGCUGCUGAGGAGAACUGCCUGGCAAGUUCAGCUUACAGGGCAGAUGUCAGAGACUAUGAUACUCGAGUGCUUCUGAGAUUCCCACAAAGAGUGAAAAAUCAAGGCACAUCAGACUUCCUACCAAGCAGACCCCGAUAUUCAUGGGAGUGGCACAGCUGUCACCAACAUUACCACAGCAUGGACGAAUUCAGCCACUAUGACUUGCUGGAAGCAGGCUCACAUCGGAGGGUUGCUGAAGGGCACAAAGCAAGCUUUUGUCUUGAAGAUACUUCCUGUGAUUAUGGAUACUAUAGACGAUAUGCAUGUACAGCACAUACACAGGGACUGAGCCCUGGCUGUUAUGACACCUACAAUGCUGAUAUAGAUUGCCAGUGGAUUGAUAUUACAGAUGUAAAGCCUGGAAACUACAUCCUGAAGGUUAGUGUCAACCCCAGCUAUUUGGUACCAGAGUCUGAUUACUCCAACAACGUAGUACGCUGUGAUAUCCGCUAUACGGGCCAUCACGCAUAUGCUUCUGGCUGUACAAUUUCACCAUACUAAGAUGCAAGAAAAUGGACGAAUCAGUGCCAAAGUUUUGAACUGUAAUAUCAUUCAUUAUAUAAACUUCAGUAGGAUAUGAACACUUUGCAAAAGGCCAAAAAAAAAAAAAAAAAAAAAAAAAAAAAUUCAACACCAACUUACGUGGUUUUGAGGCAUUAUGGCUGCUUCAUAAAAUGUGUAACUGGAUUUUUAGCAUUCACAUUGUGACUUACUUAAAAAAAA